UGUAAAUCCAGUUUAUGUAACCAACCAAUAAUAAAGCGGAACUCAACUCCCGAUAAGUCAUCACAAGUCCAAGUCCAAGUCCAAGUCUAAGUCCAAGUUCAAAGCAACAACCUUUAACCCAUUUCCAAUUAGCUUUUCUUCCUCUCUCAUUCUCUAUUGUGCUAUAGAUAGACCCGCCAUAAACCUUAACCUAUCACAUCCGACGAUCAAAGCACAGUUAAUAGAUAAUACGCCACCAUGGCUGGAGCUGGGGACCGAGAGGCCGUCUUCCCGACGCGGCAGUCGUUGGGUAUUAUGAAGGCGAAGCUCAAGGGAGCUGAGACAGGCCACAGUUUACUGAAGCGGAAGAGCGAGGCCCUUACCAAACGUUUCCGAGAAAUCACACGGCGAAUCGACGAGGCGAAGCGCAAGAUGGGUAGGGUCAUGCAAAUUGCUGCUUUCUCCUUGGCCGAGGUCACCUACGCCGUAGGAGGUGAUAUCGGCUACCAAGUACAAGAGUCCGCCCGAUCAGCGCGCUUCCGACUGCGCACUAAGCAAGACAACGUUUCCGGUGUCCUAUUACCCGCGUUCGAGAGCUACUUGACGGAGGGCAACAACGACUUUGGCCUGACUGGCCUCGGCAAAGGUGGUCAACAGGUGCAGAGGUGUAGGGAGACCUAUGCGCGUGCUGUAGAAACGCUAGUCGAGCUUGCUAGUCUUCAGACUGCCUUCGUGAUUCUAGACGAAGUCAUCAAGGUUGUGAACCGAAGAGUGAAUGCCAUAGAACACGUUAUCAUCCCGAGAACAGAAAAUACCAUCAAGUACAUCAACUCGGAGCUCGACGAGCUAGACAGAGAGGAGUUUUACAGGUUGAAGAAGGUCGCCGGCAAGAAGCAACGCGAUACCGCCGCCGCGGAUGCCGAGAUGAAGGCCAAGAAGGAAGCCCAGGCCAAGGCCCAAGCGGAAGGUGGCCAAAAGGCACAGCCGAACGACUCGGGACCAGCAGAUGUACUAGCUACCGAAGACGACGAUAUUAUCUUUUAGUCUAGGUUAUGAAGGGUAUGGUUUUAGUACGGGCGAAUUGGGGGGUUGUUUGGACCUGAACUGCAAUGUUUGUCGUGCUGUCAUUAUAUAUUUGUAUUCCUUAUGAUACCAUCAGGCUAAAUGACCUUGGGUUCCUAUCUCGUAGUAUACGUAGGUAUUUAAGUGAA